AUCUGGGCCCGGGAUAAACAACCCCUCCACUUUCACUUUCUGUGCAAUAACAUCCAGCAACAUAACCAGCAGAGGGACAGACAGCAGGAGAGGAGCUGGACAGAAGGAACUGAGAGCAAAGAGAUAACAGAAUGAAGAUCAGUAGAACCUGGAGCUUGCUGGUAGCCCUGGGCUUUAUUGUGGCUGUAUCAGGCCAGAUCCCAGUCAGUGAACUUUCUGACCUACAGAAGAAGGCGAUGAGCCUCGUUACAGAGCAUUUCUAUGACAAAUACAACCCCAGGAACCACUUUAUAAUCUCCUCUGUACUGGAAGCCUCACAGGAGAACUUCAGUGAUGGAAUUUUUGUACGUCUGCACUUCAAGAAAAAACGAAGCAACUGCACAAGAAAAAAUUCAAGAAGUCGAAGCUGCAGCUUCCUCAAAAAUGGGGCCGAGUUCAGCUGCUUUUCCUGCUUCUGGUUUGAAAACAACAGCCACAACGUUGAGUCCGAGUUCAGAGACUGUGCUCAGAAUUCGCAGACUGAGCACAGGGAAGAACAAUGCAGGAGAGUAAAGGAGGAGAGAGUUGCACCAAGUGGAGCUUUCAGUUUCCUCAUAUCACAGUGAGACUUAAGCCUCCAUGGUGGACCUUUAGGAGACCUGGAGACAAAGGAAGCCCAAUGAAUGGUGGAUAUCUGAAAGAACGACCCCUGAAGAUCCACUCACUUUAAUCCUUGGAGCCAUCCUUAUCUGAUAUUAUAUAUUUUCAUCUAUAUACAUGUUAUUUGACUAUAUAGGGAUCAACAAGGCACAGGCACAUUUUGUUAAACCGACGAUUGGCCUUGGCCAUUACGAGGGAUAGAAACUUUAUUAAAAAUCAUUGCAUUCCAA